CUUUUUUUUUUUUUUUUUUGUGACAGAUUUUUUUCUUUAGUCACCAACCAGUUCCCAAACCAUGACGCAGAGAUUACUAGUUUGGAAGCUCGGCCUUAGCUCAUGCUUGCCCCACUAGCUCUUAUGACUUAAAUUAGCCUGUUUCUCCUCAUCUGUGUUUUGCCUCGGGGCUUUUUACCCUUCUUUCUUUUGUUCUGUACGUUCUACUCUGUCUUGCUGGCUGGCCCAGGGUUCUCCCUCCUCCUCUCUCUGCCCAUAAGCCCUGCCUAUCCCUCUACUGCCUAACUUUUGGCGGUUUAUCUUUUUAUUAGAUCAGUCAGAAACCGUAGGCAAAGCAGCAAUCUUUAAAUAAUUAAACAAAUGUAACACACCUUUGCCCAAAUACAAAUAUUCCACAACAUUUUUUUUUCUUUUCUCGUUUUACAAGACUUUAAGAGGCUGUCCUAGAACUUGUUCUGUAGACCAGGCUGGCCUUGAACUCACAGAGCUCGGCCUGCCUCUGCCUCCAGAGUCCUGGUAUCAAAGUCAUUUGCCACCACCACCCAGACAGGGUUUCUCUUUGUAGCCCUGGCUGUCCUGGAACUUACUUUGUAGACCAGGCUGGCCUCAAACUCAGAGCUCCGCCUGCCUCUGCCUCCCAAGCACUGGGACAAAAGGCAUGCUCCUGACUAAAGAAAUGUUCUUAAGGUUCAAAAGUUAGAGAAUAGCCAAGUUUCUAAUUCCCAUCUCUCCAAGCCUGUGUUAUAUUACAGUUUCUCUAUUUAGAAAAUCUAGGAUGUGGUCUAUUGAAUCUGUUUUGUUUUUUUCCUUCAGUUUUUGAGACAUUCUUACUAUGUCGCCCAGGAUGGCUCUGAAUGCUCCACCCUCCUGGAAUUACAGGCAUAUCACAGCUACCUGUGACUCCAGGUCCUGGGAUUCAAUGCCUUGCUCUGGCCUCCACUCCCCAAGUAAUUAAAAAUAAAAUCUUUGAAUGAAAAGAAAGCGAAUGCAGCAUGGGUUUCUCACCUCUCUUUGAGCAGCUCAGCUUCCUGCACUGCCCCCCACCCCACCCCCAGCCUUGUUUGAUAUAUUGAACUUCCUGCCCCACCAGAGGAAGUGGGGAGCAAUACCAGGUGCAGCUACAACCAACAGAGCCAUGGACAAGGAAUAUGUGGGUUUUGCUGCCCUCCCCAACCAGCUGCACCGCAAGUCUGUCAAGAAGGGGUUUGACUUCACACUCAUGGUGGCAGGCGAGUCAGGCCUCGGGAAAUCCACCCUCAUCAACAGCUUGUUCCUCACCAACCUCUACGAAGAUCGGCAGGUGCCCGAUGCCAGUGCACGAACCACACAAACUCUGACCAUCGAGCGCCGGGGCGUGGAGAUCGAGGAGGGAGGCAUCAAGGUGAAGCUGACCUUGGUGGACACGCCAGGCUUUGGGGACUCUGUGGACUGCUCAGACUGCUGGCUGCCCGUGGUCCGAUUCAUUGAGGAGCAGUUUGAGCAAUACCUCAGGGACGAGAGCGGCCUCAACAGGAAAAACAUCCAGGACUCCAGAGUCCACUGCUGCCUCUACUUCAUCUCACCCUUCGGCAGAGGGCUCCGCCCCCUAGAUGUGGCUUUCCUCCGGGCCGUGCACGAGAAGGUCAAUGUUAUCCCAGUCAUCGGCAAAGCAGAUGCCCUGAUGCCUAGGGAAACUCAGGUUCUCAAGCAGAAGAUCCGGGACCAGUUGAAGGAGGAGGAGAUCAACAUCUACCAGUUCCCAGAAUGUGACUCUGAUGAGGAUGAAGAAUUCAAGAAGCAGAACGAAGAGAUGAAGGGAAGCAUCCCUUUCGCGGUGGUUGGUUCCUGUGAAGUGGUGAGGGAUGGCGGAACCCGACCAGUGAGGGGACGCCGCUACUCCUGGGGUACCGUGGAAGUGGAGAACCCACAUCACUGCGAUUUCCUAAACCUGAGGCGGAUGCUGGUACAGACCCACCUUCAGGACUUGAAAGAGGUGACCCACGAUCUGCUCUACGAGGGCUAUCGGGCUCGCUGCCUACAGAGUCUGGCUCGACCUGGGGCCCGGGACCGAACCAGCCGCAGCAAGCUUUCCCGGCAGAGUGCCACGGAGAUCCCACUGCCCAUACUGCCUCUAGCCGACACUGAGAAGUUGAUUCGCGAGAAAGACGAAGAGCUGCGCCGCAUGCAAGAAAUGCUGGAGAAGAUGCAAGCUCAGAUGCAGCAGAGCCAGGCUCAGGGCGAGCAGUCAGACUCGCUGUGAGAUCCUCACCGCCGCCCAGCCUAGCAACUGCUCACCGCCAAUCUCCGGUCCCGUCGGGCUCUAGACUGCCCAGCGUCCAAUCCAGAGACCUAGAGGAUAGGCCCGCCCUUGCACUUGAAACAGGUCCCUCCAAUCCGGAAGUUUGUAGCCCCGCCCAACUCCGCCCUCCGCGCUGUUCUGAGCCGCCCUCCGACUCCUGCUGGCCGGUUCCACUUAGGUUUCUCUAAGUUCUCCGUCUAAUAAAAACUGCUUACCCCACCCCACCCCGAGCUGCCUG